AUGGAAGGCUUACAAUACCACACGAUCGAGAACGCACGGGAAGAAUUCCUGCAGCGCCUGCUUAAUGGUGAUGAUUACUCCUACUUGAAUACUAUAGAACUGUCAGCGGAACUAGCUGCAAGCCCAUACUAUAUUUCUGAGGCUAUCAGCCAUGCCCGUCUUCAAUGCUCAGAUAAAAUCGACAUACCGGAGUCGUGGCCAGAAGAAGAAAUUGCCAUGGAAUCGAUCUCCGAGAAAGAUCUCAUUAUGCCAUGGUGCUUAAACUUUUUUUCUUUGACAGAAAAGUAUUGGUGUUAUUACACGUGCAUUCAUUAUGGCCAAUACCACACAAAAUGUCAUGUUUCUCGAAAGGAGUGGCGUCCACGUUAUGCUGAUAUGCGGCUCGUCGAAAUGGUGGAGGAUAUGGAAAGCGAUGAUAAUAGUGACUAG